AUGGCGGCUGCACCACAAAGUGGACAGCUUCAGCAGCAACCUCAACAAAAUCAAGCUCCUGGGCCUUCCCAGCUGCAACAACAGCAACAGGCUCAGUUGCAGCAGCAACAACAAGAUGUAGACCCCGUCGCUAAACUAAAAGUUCUCACUCCUCACCUCAAGGAAUCUCUCACGAUGAUCAUGAAAAUUGCUGCCCAGAAUUUCCAUCAGAAUGCUCAAAUAGACAAUUGUUCGAAGAGUAGUGAAGCCACAGUUCAGAGAUUCGACAAAAGUUUGGAGGAGUUCUUUGCCAUCUGUGACCAGAUAGAAAUGAAUAUAAAGUUGGCCCUCGAAUGCAACAAUGUAAAUGCAGACAGCACUAAAAAUACUCCCGUCUUGGUACACACGUCCAAGUCUGAUCCACAGCAGGGCGAGGCACAGUCAUACACACAGUAUGUCAGCACAGUCAAGACACAAGUCACUCAUGCUAAAGAACUAAGAGACAUGUUACUAGACUGUGCUCGUAAAAUCUCAGAGCGGCCUGGUGCUGGUGUACAUUGAGUGUGACAAUGCAAUCAAAGUCGGUCAUCAGGAGCUUUGAAAGUGAGGAUAGUGAGGGAGGGCGACUAUUUUGCAUUUACGGCUUGUGUCUACUGCGAGAGAAGAGUCUCUGUUGGCAGAUGGACAUCAACUCUGGGCUGUCUGUGAACAUUAUCUUCAGGACUGUGUUGUACCACAUGUAAGUGCGGAGGACUUUUGCACAAGACAUGAGCUUUAGUGCUUUUGAAAUCCAGUAGGUGGCAAUGUUUAUAGUUAAAGGAACCUGUGAAGACAUGUUCUUAAUUUGAUGCAAUAUUGGAAAAAAAUAAAGCCUGGUUUGAUGCAA